CAGCGUCGAGUUGCAGUCAAGUCCAAACGCGGCGGACAUACGCACACCAAUCAAUCUAUAUAACAUCCUCCGAUAUCCUUCGGAGACGGGCCAUUUACAAGUGCGUCGCAGGACACUCGCUACAAUAUACGCGAAUUCCGAGGAUCAUUCGCUUGACCGAAAUGCAUAUCACUCUGCACUUGGCAUUAGCCGCAAUAAUUGGCUUUGCAGUUUCCGAAGCCCGACAACAGGAACAUGACAUAGCUUAUUACAUUCAUCCAUGCCAAAAGUCAGCUCCAAACGUAAACGAAUGCUUGACCUAUUCAGCCAACCAUCUGGCUAUGCACUUCCGGAAAGGAAUUCCCGAGCUGGGCAUCGAAGAGGUGGAACCCAUCGUGAUCGACGAAAUCAAUUUGUCACUGGGCUCCGGCCCGGACGGCUACAGGGCCACGUUCAAAGACAUCCAGGCGUACGGCGUCAGCAACCUGACCGUCAACCAAGUCAGAUCUGACCUAAAUUCACUGCAGUUCCAACUCACCUUCUCGAUCCCGAAAAUUUCAGCUGUUGCACAUUAUAGAAGUUCCGGCGUUCUUAUUAUGGUUCAAGCUACCGGCGGUGGUGAAUACUGGGGUGAAUACGAGGGUGUUAAGGCCAAAGUCUACAUCAAGGCCAGUGAAGUAGAACGUAACUCUCAAAAAUAUUUGCAUUUAGAAGAUUUGAAAAUGGACUUUAGCGUUAAAGACAUUCAAAUGGGUAUCAAGAAUGUUCACAACGGAAAUGCUGUUUUAGAAGCCGCGUUGAACUUGUUCAUCAAUUCAAACUCACAAGAACUGCUCAAGGAAAUGAAGCCACACAUCAAAAAGAAGCUUAUGGCAACCAUGAAAACAUUUAUCGAUAACUUAUUCAGCAGAGUACCGUAUGACAAUUGGGUCAUCGAAUAAAGACUCGGACCCAGCAUCCGAAAGGCGUCCGACUGAUUGUUACUCCGUGUUAAUGUCGUUUUCAAUAUGAAAACGCUUCUCUUUGCACUUUGAAACGCUCAAUGAUACGUCGAGUGCAAUAUAAUUUAUAAUUUAUCACAUAAUAUAUUUUUGUAUAAUGUUAUUUUAAAUAUGUAUGACCUAUAAAUAGUGUAUAAAAGACACAUAAAAAAAAAAAACAAAUGCUUGAUCUCGUCUACACAUUUAUUUGUAUUAUGUAUCAACGCGUAAACGUGUCUUGUACGCAUUGAAUAUAUCAAGCAUUUAUUUUCAAACACAUUGUGAUUCCGCUUUUUUAUUUUUGUAUAUUAAUCAUUUAAUCUUGUACACUUAAAAACAAACUUAAUACUUAUGCUUAAAACCGAUCUGAGUUUAUAGCUAUAUGAUUUCAAAAUCCGUUAAAAUGAAUUACGAGCAAUUGUUAAUUUUUUUUCAAUAAUUGUUUUUCUUUAUUGUAUGUUCCUUUUCUUACUAUGGCUAAAUGAAAUAAAAUCAUUAUAAAACA